GAUAGUUUUCCUCCUCGCUUCUGCACGUAGGGAAGAAAGACUUUACGGUUGUUGUAAAAAAAUAAAAUAAUACAGAUCCUGGCAGAUCUGUUAGUUUUAGAGAAGCGGAUUAUCUCCAGGAUUAACGUAAAAUGUUGAUGUUUGAGGAACUGUUGUUGCUCAACCCGUAAAUAAAGUGGAGAUGUUGACAGAUUGUCUAGCCUCUGGUAAAAGAGAACAAAAACAUUUCAUUUCUUAAAGGACAUGAACACUUGGGAGGGUGGAGAGGAGAGGAAAGGAGUUUAACUAUUAACUUUUAUCUGGAUUUAUAAAGUAGCUGAAACUCUUGUCACUGAAGCUUUUUAUGUAUUUGUCUUUCCAUUUCCCCCCUCACACAAAAUGGUGAAAGGCACAUGAAAACGCUGAUGCCCACAUUAAUUGGACAACGGGGUGAUUUUAUUGCUCACUAGUAAAAAAAUAAAUGUCACGGGAAAGUUGCUGUUUGUAGUUCAAACGAUCAUUCACUUGAAGACACUGGAGGACGAUUUGUAAAAAAAGGCUGCCACACAGUGUAGCUCAAACGUUGUGACUUUCUAAACGCCGGUGAAAGGGACAGAGUGGGCAAUGAAAAUGGACAUGGAGGAUGCUGACAUGACUCUGUGGACAGAGACUGAUUUUGAAGAGAAGUGCACGUACAUUGUCAACGAUCACCCCUGGGACUCCAACGCUGAUGGAGGCACCACAACUCAGGCAGAGGCAUCCUUGCCAAGGAACUUGACUUUCAAAUAUGCAUCCAACUGCAAAGAGGUUAUUGGAGUUGUAAGUAAAGAGUACAUCCCAAAAGGAACACGUUUUGGACCCCUGGUAGGAGAGCUCUACACCAACGAUACAGUUCCCAAGAAUGCAAACAGAAAAUACUUUUGGCGGAUCUAUUCCAGUGGUGAGCUUCACCACUUCAUUGACGGAUUUAAUGAGGACAAGAGCAACUGGAUGCGCUAUGUGAACCCAGCCCAUUCUGUUCAGGAACAGAAUUUGGCAGCUUGUCAGAACAGAAUGAACAUUUAUUUUUACACUAUCAAGCCCAUCCCUGCCAACCAAGAACUACUUGUGUGGUAUUGUCGGGAUUUUGCAGAGAGACUGCACUAUCCUUCCUCCAGAGAGCUGAUGAUGAAUCUCACACAAAGCCAUGUUAAUCCAAAGCAGCAAAGCACUGAUAAAGAUGAGCUUUAUCAGAAAAGUAACCCAAAGAGAGAGCACAGUGUGAAAGAAAUCCUGAAAACUGAACCCACCCGUUCUAAAGGAAAGGACUUAUUCCAGACUAACAUUUCACCAGUUACUCCAGAAAAACAUAUGGAUGACUUGAGGAAAAACUGUAGCCCAGAAAGAUCUUUCUUUCCUCGUGUUGUCUAUCCAAUUCGACCUCACAUCCCAGAAGAAUAUUUAAAAGCUUCCCUAGUUUAUGGGAUGGAAAGACCAAGCUACAUUACUCACUCACCCAUCCAGUCUUCUACCACACCUAGUCCUUCAGCAAGGAGCAGCCCAGACCAAAGCUUAAAAAGCCCAAGCCCUCACAGCAGUCCAGGGGUUACAGUUUCACCUCUGGCACCCACUUCUCAAGAACACAGAGAAUCUUAUCCAUACUUGAAUGGACCCUAUGGCUCAGAAGGAUUGGGGUCUUAUCCUGGAUAUGCACCCUCCAGCCAUCUCUCACCAGCCUUUUUAUCUUCUUAUAAUUCCCACUAUUCAAAGUUCUUGUUACCUCCAUACAGUAUGAGCUGUAAUAACCUCAGCGCUUUGAACAGUAUCAAUGGCAUCAACAAUUUCAAUCUGUUUCCGAGGAUGUAUCCUCUCUAUAGCAACCUGCUCAAUGUAGGAAGCCUUCCCCAUCAUGUGCUGAGCCCAGCUGCUCUUCCAAGUUCAUUGCCACCUGAAGGAGGCCGUAGAUUGCUACAACCUGAUCAUCCAAGAGACUUUCUCAUACCAGCACCUAACAGUGCCUUUUCCAUCACAAGUGCUGCUGCCAGCAUGAAAGACAAACCAUGCAGCCCCACCAGUGGGUCCCCCACCGCUGGCACAGCAGCCACUUCAGAACACAUCAUGCAACCUAAACCUACCUCAGCAGUGUUGGCUGCCACCAGUGAAGAAGCCAUGAAUCUCAUUAAAAGUAAGAGGAAUGUGACUGGUUACAAAACCCUUCCAUACCCCCUGAAGAAACAGAAUGGGAAGAUUAAGUAUGAAUGCAAUGUUUGCUCCAAGACCUUUGGCCAGCUCUCCAAUCUGAAGGUCCACCUCAGAGUACAUAGUGGAGAGAGACCAUUCAAAUGUCAGACUUGCAAUAAAGGGUUCACUCAACUGGCUCAUCUCCAGAAGCACUAUCUGGUACACACGGGAGAAAAGCCUCAUGAGUGUCAGGUCUGCCAUAAACGAUUCAGCAGCACUAGCAAUCUAAAGACCCACCUGCGACUUCACUCUGGAGAAAAGCCUUAUCAGUGCAAGCUGUGCCCUGCUAAAUUCACCCAGUUUGUGCACCUGAAGCUGCACAAGCGUCUCCAUACCAGGGAACGGCCACACAAGUGUGUCCACUGCCACAAGAGCUACAUUCACCUUUGCAGCCUCAAAGUCCAUCUGAAAGGCAACUGCCCCGUAGCCCCUGCUUCUGGCCUCUCAAUGGAGGACCUGAAUCGUAUCAAUGAAGAGAUUGAGAAGUUUGACAUCAGUGACAGUGCUGACAGGUUGGAAGACGUGGAGGACAAUAUUGAUAUGGCAUCUGUUGUCGAAAAAGAAAUACUGACCGUCCUCAGAAGAGAGAUAGAAGGAGCUAGUCUUAAAGUAUCUUUGCAGAGAAACAUGGGAAACGGACUUAUCUCCUCAGGAUGUAAUCUUUAUGAAUCUUCAGACAUGUCAAUUAUGAAGUUGCCUCAUGGUCAUCCACUACCUCUGUUACCUAUAAAGGUCAAGCAAGAAACAGUUGAACCAAUGGACCCUUAAGACUUUUUUUUCCCAAAGAAGUGAUUUUUAUUUAUGACUUGGCAAGUCAGGGUGCCUGUAGCAAUUGCUUGUACAUAGUUUCUAUGCUGCAAAGCAAUCUUGACUUAUAGUAGUUUCCCUCAUCCUCCAGUUGAAAGAAGGAAUUCCAAAGUUACUGUAUUCUCAGGGCAUGAAAAGAGGCAAGGACUUUAUAUUGCCUCCCUGCUUACUAAAAGACAAUCAUCAAUCCAUAAUUGCUUUUUCAAUGACAAUACUUCAUAAUUUAUUAUGCAAUUUACCAUUCUAAAAGCAAUAAUUAGCAAAGGUUUACAAUGACCAGAAAAUUCAUUGUAAUUUUGCAUAUAAAUCUUUAUAUUUUUGUCUGUGGCCAUUCCUUGUAGAUAAUUUUUCUCUCUGCACAUCUGUUUUAAAAACCUAAGAUGAGGGGUGGGGGAAGAAGGGGGAAGAAACAUAACGUCAGUAAAUGUGUCUAUAUACCAGUGUUUUUUAAAAUGAGAUUUUUGGAUUGCCAACUGUGGGUAUUUGACAGGUUGAAUACUAGUUUAAUUGGUUUUAAAAGUGCUGUAUACUUUCAUGGAACAGGUAGAUGUGCAAAAUCAUAUUCCUUUCCACCCCUGCAAAGAAAAAAAAGAGAGAAAAACCAAAAACCUUCCUUGACUAGCAGUAAACGGAAAAGAAAACCAUACCUGCCUAUCUGUGGGUUGUAGAGAGAGUCUUCUACCUGCAGCACUUCCCAUAACAGAUGUGAAAUAACAAAUACCCAGCCUCACAUAAAUAAUACAACAGACAGGCUUUUAGAAAACAAUAGUAGCCACAUGUUACAUUCUGCGACUUUGUAACCCAAAGCAAUGCAUCAACGAAAAUGUGAAAAAGUGGCUGUUUUAAAAAAAGGCUAUUAAACUUUUUGCUAAAGUAGUUUAAAAGUCAAAUAUAUAGACAUCCCAAAUGUGCUGCCUACAAGUAGUAUUUGGCUGAGAUUUUAUUGCCAGAUUCUUCUGGGGAUCAAAAGAUGGUCAGAUGCCUUGAGAAAUAAGGUUUUGUGUUUUUAUUUUCAGUUUUAUUUUUUUCCUGCUUUCCUUAGGCAGAAAGGGAUAAUGAAGUCCUUUCCUGGCACAUUUUUUUUCUUCCUGUACGAUUCAGAGUUUCCUCAAUAUUUGUAUUUGUACAUUUUGUGGUUAAUUUAAAUUAAAGAUGAAAAGGGCAUUGGCAAAGUUGUCGAACAACAAUUACCUCAUUGCGUGUGUCCAGUGUUGCAGAAAAUGCUGUUUUAUCUAAUGCUUUGCUACUUUAGAGAAGAAACCAAAUGUUAACAGAAAAGAUAGAAUGCACAUUCUUUUAUCUUUUUCUUUUGCUAAGCCCAAAGAUAUCAUGUUGGCAUUGGAGGUGUAGCAAAGAACACAUGUAUAUUUAUAGAUAUAUUUAUACCACUAUACCAUAUAUGUAUAUAGAUUAUAUAUUUAUACCACUUAAGUUGUGAGCCAAACCAUGCAAUAAAACUUAUUUUUCAUCUAAGUGUGAAGAUCAAAUGUUAUCCAACUUUGCAUAUCAUCUGAUGACACAAUGUCAGAAUGUUGUGUUAAGGUAUUUAUCACUUGUUAGUAUACAUGCACAGUUGCUUAUUUGGGGCCUGAUCUUGCAAAUAUUUGAAAGAAUAAUUUUACUGAUGUGUAGUCUCACAGAAUUCAGUGUGAUUGCACACUUGAUAAUAUUUGCAAGAAUGGGUCUUGGAUCUCUUCAUAUCUUUGCUGGUUUUUUUUGUUUGUUUUUGAAUAACCAAACAAUCAGAAAACUUAACUGAAAAUAAAAACUGAAAAAUAAACUAAAAGAAAUCAACCUCAUCCAUGUAUGGUAUAAAUAUAAUACACAAUGGUGACAAGUGAAAUGGACUAUUUAAAGUAAUUUGGGAUGACCCUAAUGUCUCAUUUUUCCUUGCCCCUUACAAGUUAUGUGGUCACAGGUUAUUUGCAGAAACCUAAAUAGCAUUAUUACACCCUUUACUGCUGUAUAUAUUCUGUCUUUCUAUUUAUAUUCUUAUACAUUAUAGAUUUAAAUAGACCAUAAAGGCAGGGUUUGGGGAUUUUUUUAAAAUGUCAUUUGAAUGCCUUCUACAAAUGAAUAACUAAACCCCCAACCUAAGAAAAUCCAAGGAAGUCUCCAAAUACAGCUUUUGAAGGACUACAGUUGUAUGUUCAUUACAUUUCUAUUCCUAUAAAUUGUGAGGCUGACAUCUUUUAAUGUAGCAAUGGUUCACAAAACUAGUACUUAACUGUAGGAUAAACCAAAGUAUCACUACUGUCACUGGGCACACACUUCUCUUUUAAUUUUCCUAUAGUGCUUUCUUUGUAUUUGUUACAAGUUUUACAAAGAUUUAUAUGCAUCAGCUUUAAGAAUUGUUUCUCUUCCGUACUGUUUUCCCCACUUCCCUUAGAACUUUUACAUGUGAAUGUAGCAGCAAUCAACAGUGUUUUUUCUCUUUUAAGAAAGACUCCGACCAAAGUUAACAGGCUUUUUACUUUGCUAGAACAAACAAACUAUCUUAUGUUUACGUACUGGUUUACAUCGUUAUUUAUGUGCGAAUUGUCAAAAUGUAAAUUAAAUAUAAAUGUUCAUUGCUUUAUUAACGCUUCACUUGUCUUCGAUGUCUUACGCUGUCUGCACACGCAAUUGAUUUCCAG